AUGGCAAGGCAGUGGAUUCUCAACGACCAGCAGGGCUUUGAGACGUCACUCAAGUAUGAGACCAAAGUGCCCAUCCCGUCCAAAGACGAAGUAGGUUCAAAUGAUGUUCUAGUCAAACUCCAUGCAGCCAGUCUCAACUAUCGAGACCUAGUCAUUGCUGCAUCAGCUCAAUUCGGCCCCAUCACCCCACCAAUGGUCCCUCUAUGUGAUGGAGCAGGCUCAGUCGAAGCCGUUGGCUCUUCUGUCAAAGACUUCAAACUUGGCGAUCGAGUCAUCACUUUCCCUGCACCAGACGUGGUGGUGGAGAGAGGUAGCGAUGCUGAUGUCAACAUGUCAGAUGUACCGACCAUGCUCGGCUUGGGUACCAAAGGAACGCUUCGUACCCAUGGAGUAUUCUCGAAAGGCGCUCUUGUUCAUGCGCCCGAGUCUGUCGAUUGGCUUCAAGCUGCCACUCUCCCUGUCACCUGGAUCACAGCUUGGAACGCUCUCUCGGAACUAGGCAAGGAUCAAAUUGGACCACACACCUGGAUCCUGGUUCAGGGAACUGGAGGCGUCAGUGUAGCGACCCUGCAACUUGCAUCAUCCUUUGGGCUCACCGUCGUUGCGACUACUUCAUCUCAAGAGAAGGCAGAGAAGUUGAAAGGACUUGGUGCAACUCACGUUGUCAACUAUCGCGGGAAUGCUACUGGAUGGGGCAAAGAGGCGCGAUCUUUGACACCUGAUGGAGUAGGCUUCGAUAUGAUCGUGGAUAUUGGCGGUGAUGAGACACUCAAGCAGUCGCUCGAAGCAGUGCGCCCUUAUGGGUCUAUCCAAGUCGUUGGUGCUGUUGCGCAAGACGCUGAGGUCGUUCCCAUGAUGGGGGCUCUAAUGUUCACGUGCACUAUUCGUGGGUUUCUUAUGGGUAGCCAGAAUCAGUACAAGGAUCUUGUGCGAUACAUCGAUGAGAAGAAGCUCAAACCUGUAUAUGAUGACACGGUCUUUGAGCUGGCAGAUGCCAAGGAAGCUUACAGGAAGCUGAAGGAGCGGAAGCACUUCGCCAAGGUCGUCAUCCGCAUCGACUAUGAAUAG